AUUGGAACUGCUUGGCUUAGUCGUAUAGGAAUCGUACAAAUAGUAGAAGUGAAGAAAAAUCAAUUUGCCGAUCCUUGUCAACCGAAAUUCAAUUCAAAACUUAGCAUAAAUAUGUUGCAUCUGGGCAAGCAAUUGGCUAGCAAGGCGCCAAAGCUCCAUUUGACCGCUGCAUCCAGUUUGUCUGGAGGCAAAGUCCAAAGUACCAUGCAAAGCACAACAUCGAUUAGAAAUCUUAAUCAACAUAACAGCAACAACGAUAGUAACAAACUCGUUAACCACAAUCUUUGCCACAAACGAUUGUCCAGCGGCAGUGCCAGUCAAAGUUCGAGCGUUACAAGCAUGAAGCGUUUAGCAGGCAAAGUUGCGGUGGUUACCGCCUCCACAGAUGGCAUUGGCUUUGCGAUUGCCAGGCGUUUGGCUGAGGAUGGUGCCGCCGUCGUGAUCAGCAGUCGGAAGCAGAAGAAUGUGGACAAUGCGCUUGCCGAGCUGCGGAAACUGAAUCUUAACGUGCAUGGCCUCAAGUGCCACGUGAGCGAGCCGCAAGAUCGUAAGCAGCUUUUCGAGGAAACCAUCAGCAAAUAUGGCAAGCUCAACAUUUUGGUUAGUAAUGCCGCUACCAAUCCUGCCGUGGGCGGUGUUCUGGAAUGUGAUGAGAAGGUGUGGGACAAAAUCUUCGAUGUGAAUGUAAAGAGCUCUUAUCUAUUGGCCAAAGAAGCUCUGCCAUAUCUACGCCAGGAGAAGGGCUCUAGCAUAGUGUUUGUCUCGUCCAUUGCCGGCUACGAUGCAUUUGAGCUGCUGGGCGCAUACUCCGUGAGCAAGACAGCGCUGAUUGGACUAACCAAGGCAGCGGCCAAGGAUUUGGCGCCUGAGGGCAUACGCGUAAAUUGCCUGGCACCUGGUAUCAUCCGUACAAAAUUCUCCAAGGCGCUGUACGAGAACGAGGCUGCCAAUGAGGCGGCGCUUAGCAAAAUACCCAUGGGUCGUCUGGGCACUAGUGAGGAGAUGGCUGGCGUUGUAUCUUUCCUUGUAUCGGAGGAUGCUGGCUAUAUAACAGGCGAGUCUGUAGUUGCCUCUGGGGGUAUGAACGCUCGACUUUAGAGUGAUGCAUGUAGAUAUACUUAUGUUCGUAUGUCUUAUGGCCUAUGAAUAACAAUUGUGUUUACAAAAAAUCCAAAUACAGUUGUGGGAGGGAUUAAGCACAUUAAUAUAACUAGGAAGAUCUCAGUUUGGCCAACUGAUCUGCAAUGUCCUUCUCGGUGCGCUUGCCGCUAGUCUCGAACUCGCUGGAUCCUGUGGCUGGUAUGUUGGCCAUUUUACCAGAGAUUUCAAUGCCAAUCUCAUCGAGCACCUUGUUGACCACAUCGUUAGAUUCCUCCUCAUCGCCAGAUUCAGUUAGCAUGUCGUCUAGCGUAUCGUUUAUCAUUUCGUCUGUCAUUUCCAUGCGCAUAUUUGCUUGCUGGAAGUCACGCACAGUGCCUGCUAUAGCCUCUGGGCGCAUCACCUUGUUCAUGCCAGCCAUCGUCUUGGCUGUGGUGCCCAUUGCCUCGCCCAGAGCUAUGUUUGCGCCCAUGUUCUUGUUUUGAUAGCCUAUGGAUUGUAUUUUGCCCGCAGCGGCGUAACUACGCGAUUUUUGCUUGCGAAUCUCGAUCAGUUGCUUGGCCAGUAUUUUGCAUGCAUCGUUGUUUCCAGAAGCCGCACUGCGUCUGAUCUCAGCUUCUAGUUUUUUCUCCUCCUCCUCCAGUUUUCGACGCUCUCGUUCAAUGUCGCGAGUUGCUUUCCGCAAGCUGCGAUCAUUUUCGCGUUGCUGUUCCUUAACGGUGGGUUUCUUGCCAAAUAUAUUGUUAAACAUUUUAUAUUUUAA